AUGGCUUCUGUCUCUCUUGGUGUUGAUCAAGAAAUUAUCUCAACCCUCCCUAAAGACACAGGCUGGGCAGCUGAGCAUUACUACCAGUACCAGAACUUCUGGUACCCCCAGGUUUUUCUUGAAGGUGUGAUUUGGGCACAACAGGAUUUUAGGGCUAGGGACUCUGACGUUUUCCUGGCCACCUUUCCCAAGUGUGGUACAACAUGGGUGAAGGCUCUCAUGAUUGCCAUAAAAAACCGGAAAGACUGCGAUUAUUCGUCACAUCCAUUACUCACAAAGAACCCUCAUGAUAUUGUGCGCUACAUAGAGUUGCUUGUUCACCAAGACAAUCCAGUUGAGUAUCUCGACUCUAUGGCCUCACCUAGAUUGCUUGCAACCCACGUCCCUCACUCAUCGUUGCCGAACUCCGUUUUGGAUUCAGAUACACGGGUUGUGUACGUUGCAAGGAACCCGAAAGAUGUUCUCGUUUCUUUAUGGGCAUUUUCCGAAAAACUAAGGUCGAAGGUAUAUAGACUCCCUCCUCUCCCUCUAGAAGAAGGAUUUGAGUUGUUUUGCAAAGGGGUUGCACUUGCAGGCCCGUUUUGGGAUCAUGUACUAGGGUACUGGGAAGCAAGCUUGAAAAACCCUAAUAAGGUGCUAUUUUUUAAGUUUGAGGAUUUGAAAGCUGAUACAGAAGGAUACGUAAAGAGGUUGGCAGAGUUCAUAGGAUAUCCAUUUUCUUCAGAAGAAGAGAAAGAAGGGGCUGUGCAAGAAAUAAUAAAGUUUUGCAGUUUUGAGAACUUGAGUAGUUUGGAGGUGAACAAAAGUGGGACGUAUCAUGUGGGGCCGAAAACCGAUGAAAAAUUCAGCAACGAUGUCUUCUUCAGACGAGGGGAGACCGGAGAUUCACAGAAGCACCUAACGCCUGAGAUGCUCGAGCGUCUUGACAAAAUCACAGAGCAAAAGUUUGGGGCAUCUAAUUUGAAGUUUUAG